UGAUUUCGGUAUUCUCAAGGUCUAAUUCCAAUUUGCGACUAUCCGUUUUAUUAAAUUUGGCUUAAAACGAAUGUGCCGGCGGUGUAAAUCACUUCUUACAUACGUGUUUCCUCUUUGUCGGCCGGUAACAUGCAGUUUAAUCUUUUUAAACCUUACAUGCCGGUGGUGUCUGUGUGUCUUUCCAAAUGAUAUUUUCCUUUUUUGCAUGCCGGUGUACAGUCUACUGGAUUUUAACCGGACGUGACUGCGGUGUGAAUAGAUUCUUUUUGCCACUGUUUUUCUUUUCUGCAUGGCGGGGAGAAAUUUGAUAUUCAAUUUUAGCCUUACAUGACGGCGGUGGUUGUAGGUUCUUCUAGAUAUUCUUCUUCUUUCUUGAAUUGUUUUUCUGCUUGUGUGUAGUCUUGACUUCAUGCGGAUUUUAAUUGUUCUAAUGUUGUUUUCUGAUUGUUUUUGAUGGAUACUGAUUUGAUGUGUUGCAGGUGCUGUCCUCUGUGGAUGGGAGAUAUGUGCGGUCGGCGGUCCGGGCUGCUCUUCAACUUGGUGGGCAAUGUCCUUGGAUUCCUGGUGUCCGGCGCGCGGUGGUACGGGCUGUCCCUCUAUGCCAUGGAUGACGUCCUCGGCCUGGCGGAUGAUGUCGACUGGUUCCUCUCGGCGUUCGGCGGGGUGCGGCGCGACUCCAGUCUUGACAUUCUCGGAGGGCGUCCAUAUCCAGUGCGGGAGUGGGCGUAUGGCGAACGGUUAUCUUCUGGUUUUUUAUCCGAGCGACAGUACGAGAGAUGGGGGUUCCUGUUUCUGGGGCGUCGUCGUCCGUAUGCUCUCCCGAUGUUUCGUCCUCCGGCUCUUGGGCUGCCGACGGAUCUUCCACUAGGAUGCAGCUCUCCUCCACCUGUGUCGAAGAUAAAUCAUCCAGUACAUUGGGAUGGAAAUCGGCGGAUGCGGUGGCGGAUGCGGAUGGCGGCGAACAAUCGGGUGAGAGGUCCUCGGUAUCCGACAGACUUGGAUUGACCUGGUCGUUUCCUGCCAUAGUUUGCGGAAAAAUAGCACAACGAAAGUUUGCAGUGAAUAAAAAACGUGAAAGUGUUGUGAUAUACAAAAUAAUUGGUAAGGAAUCCAAUAGAAAUUGUUAUAGCGCAGUAGUGAGUGAAAUACAGAAAAAGUGGUUUAACAAUGUGUUCAGUGA